AUGGUUCUCCCGAUGGCCAGUCAGCCCCUGAUCAUCCCCAAAAAGCCAACAGUUGGAGAGCACCAGCUAACAGGACAUAAAGUUGCUGUGAAGAUGUUAUACAGAGAGAAGAUCCGCAGUCUCGAUGUUGUGGGGAAAAUCAAACAAGAGAAUCAGAAUCUUAAGCUCUUCAGACAUCCACAUAUCAUCAAGUUGUAUCAGGUGAUCAGCACUCCCACAGACUUAUUCAUGUUCAUGGAAUAUGUGUCUGGAGGGGAACUCUUAGACUAUAUUUGUAGACUCCGUCGUGUGGAGGACACAGAGGCAAGAUGGCUCUUCCAGCAGAUUAUCUCUGUAGAAUACUGCCACAGACACAUGGUGGUGCACAGAGACCUCAAGCCUAAGAACAUACUGCUAGAUGGCAACAUGAAUGCCAAGAUCACUGACUUUGCGGAAGUUGUUCACCAGGAUCUGAGGAGACAGGUGGACCUUCUUGAGUCUCCUCAGAAAGAAGAGACGCUGGUGAGCCUUCUUGAUCAGGGUAGAGGUGUUGAGGGUCCAAGAGAGGCCCUCAGAGAUGUGGACACCCUGAAACUUGAAGCUGUUGUGGAUGAGGAGGCAGUACGGGAGGUGUGCAAGAAGUUUGAAUGCACUGAAGCUGAAGUUCUGAGCAGCAUCUACAUCGGCGAACCUCAAGACCAGCUGGCCGUGGUGUACCACCUUAUCAUUGACAUGGCAUGUGUGUGA